CUCGUCCAUUGAUGGUUGCGCAUUGGUAGUGAACGGACGUUUGAACGCGAAUGACUAAAUAACAUUGUUAAAUCAGUGCCGCUAUUGUGAAAAAAACUUUAGUAUUUCUUAAGAAUAUUUUCAUCAAACAAAUGUGCAUAUUUGCAAAUAGGUGUGUCCAUGCCAAGUUAAAAAUACCUUGGUAAUAUUAUACUAUGGUAAUGAUAGAACGCGGCCAGAGAUAUAUUCAAAAAAAAAAUAAUAUGAUUAGUUAGUUGUUGGUAGUUGUAACAAUAUUGGGACAAGAUGACAACUGAAAAGAAUAUAUUAGCGGCACCCAAGGUCCAGAAAAGGGUGAAGUUGGUGCCGCCUGAUGGGGGAUGGGGUUGGAUGGUGCUGGCUGGCACGGCACUAUCAAAUAUAUUCAACCAAUCUAUGCUCUCGCUCUUCAGUUUACUGUACGGAGAUACAUUAGAAGCUAUGGGCCACAAUACUCAAGGUGCGGCCCUGGUGUUGAGUACUAUGUUGUUUGUCACGAAUUUCGGGGGUCCCAUAGCGGGGGCAAUAAUCAAAUUGACCUCGUCACGAUUUGUGGCUGUCGUUGGAGCCUGCUCCUGCACUGCGGGGAUAUUUUUCAGCGGAUUCGCAACUAAUAUCUGGCAUUUGGUAUUAACCUACGGGCUCUUACUCGGAUUGGGUUUGGGUUUUAUACAGAACUCGUCAUUUGUGGCCAUAAACAGUUACUUCAAGGCGCGAAAGAGCCAGGCAGUGGGGCUAGCGAACGCGGGCACAGGUGUGGGACAGACCCUAAUGCCUCAUUUAGUGAGGUACCUUCUGGAAGGUUACGGGUUCCGAGGAGCAUGCCUGAUGCUGUCUGGACUUAGCUUACACGGGAUUGCUGGAACACUAUUGAUUCAACCCGUGGAGUGGCAUAUGAAGAAAGUAGAAGAAGAAGUACCUGUAGAUGAAACAUUACACUUAUUAGAAAAUAAACAUAAAGACAUAGUUAUAAGAAAAAACUCUUAUGUCAAUAGUAAUGGCACAUAUAAGGGUACCAGACGAGCCACAGAACCUAAUGUUAUAGAGAAAAAUGGUAAAGAAUGGGCUGAUAAGAAAUCUCUUAGUCUCUCUAAACUCUCUACAAAAGCCAUUAAGGCAGAAAACGGAGUUAAUGGAAACAACAACAACGUAUCAGUGGACGCUCCAAAGAAAAGUUUGUUGAAGAAAAUAUACGAUUUAUUCGAUAUAUCUCUCUUAUCCAGUCCUCGGUUUAUAAACAUAAUUCUAGGUACCGCCAUAGCCACGACGUCUAUACAGAACUUCAGUAUGCUUUUCCCAUUCUUCUUACAGAAAGUAGCAAACAUGGACAAGCAACAGACUGCAACGUGUAUGUCCGCGGUGGCAGGAGCAGAUAUCGCCGGUCGACUUAUCUUACCGAUAUUCCAAGAUAAGUACAGGAUUAAAGCGAGGUGGAUGCUCAUCAUGACGUGUGUUUGGCUCAUUGUUACCAGGCAAAUUAUGGCGUAUCAAUCAGGCUUAACGACAUUGAUCGUUAUGUCUGCUCUAUACGGAUUUGGCAGGAGUAUGGUCAUCGUUGCCAGAAAUCUUGCCAUAUCUGAGAAUUGCAAGGUGGAACAAGUCCCUGCUGCCGUUGGUCUUGGAAUGUUAACAAUGGGUAUCAUUGUGCCUCCAGCAGGGUACUUCCUCGGAUGGAUCAGGGACUAUACAGGGAGUUACGUAAUCUGUAUAACAGCCCAGAACUUCUUGCUAGUCAUAUUGUUAGUAACGUGGCUACCAGACAUGCUACUCUUAUAUAUUCAAGAAAGAAAAGAAAGGAUGAUAGAAACUCAAGAAUUGCAACUAUCGUAGCACGUGUUGAAAAGAGAUAGCAGGAGAUUAUUUAAGACAGUCUGACGCUUUCUGUUGGAGAGAGAGCGAAGACUCUCUGUCAGUAAAUAUAGGAGUUCUAAGAAAGGCUGUGAAAUCAUACUUGAAAAAGUGCAAAUACUUAACAGGCAUUUAUAAAUUGUGAGGAGUGAGUCAAAUAUUGUAAAUAAUAUUACGAUCAUGUCAAUUAUCUAUUACAUAGUGUAACUAAAGUAAUUAGUGUUUAUAAAUAAGUUAAUGUCGAUACAAUGCUUUACGUCUAGUCUUAAUAAAUUAAUUAUUUACGUU